AUUGUCUAGCAAAUUAUCAUCAUCACCACAAGCCUCCAUAGUCUCCCUUUAUUUUGGCCACCUCCCAACAUUAUAAUCACCUUGUCGGCCUCUUUAUUCUCUCCUCUCGCACCCCACAAACCCCUCUCUCCCUCGCUCACACGGCAUUGUUCAAUCAAAGUUUCCAUUUCCUUUGUGUUUGGAAGCAUAUUACUCAACACAAAAACUUCUUUCUCUCCUCUCUCUCCAAGUCAAGAUUUUUCACUUCCUAAUUUGUGCUUUAGAGGCAUAAUAGCAAACCAAAAUUACUUUCUCUGAGCAUAAUUUGAUCAAAGUUUUCAUAUCCUCAGUGUUUGGAAACAUAACACGCCUCAACAAAAUCCAUUCUUUCCAUAAUUCAAUCAAGAUUUUUCACUUCCAUUGUGCUUUACAAGCGAAACGCCACCAAACCCACUUCUCUCUCUCUCUCUUUCUCCAAGUAAACAUUUUUCACUUCCAUUGUGCUUUACAAGCAAAACACCACCAAACCCAUCUCCUCCCCCCUUCUUUCCAAAUCAAGAGUUUGCACUUCCUUUGUGCUUUGAAGGCACAACACUAACAAAUCCAUCUCUUUCUCUCUCUCUCUCUUCCCACCAUAAGUUCGUAUUAGUACAUAAAGCUCCCACUUCUACAGCAUAAUUCAAUCAAAGUUUUCAUUUCCUUUGUGUUUAUCAGCACAACACACACCUCAAUACAACCCACUUUCUUUCUCCAUAAUACAAUCAACCUUUUCCACUUCCAUUGUGCUAUACACUCAAAACACAACCAAACCCAUCUCUCUCUCCUUCCUUUCUCUACCAUGAAACAGCAAGAACUCACUCUCCAAAGAACCACAAGCACAGCCAGAAGCACCAGAAGAAUCCUCCCUUCAAAUUCAGGCCACACUCGCUCCAUCUCUGACGACAACAUCACCACCAACAUUUCUCAAAACCUCUUAAUCCCAAAACCCUAUUCCCCACUAGUUAACAAUUCCCUCUCUUCCACCACAAAAACCAAAACCCUCUCUUCCUUCCUUCGCUCUCUCCUCAACUUCUUUUCCUUCCCUUCCGUCCUCCCUUCUUGCAAAUGGCUUUCUUUCCCUACAAACCUGUCCUUCAACCCUUCCUCAGGCAGAAAAGUCACCGGAACCCUCUUCGGCCUUCGCCGAGGCCAUGUCACCUUCGCUGUCCAGCUCGACCCUCGCUCUGAACCCCUUCUCCUCCUCGAGCUCGCCAUGUCAACCUCUUCUCUAGUCAAAGAAAUGUCCUCCGGUCUCGUCCGCAUUGCCCUGGAGUGUGACAAAGUUAAUGUUACCGUUAACAGGAAGCUCUUCCAAGAACCAACGUGGACGAUGUACUGUAAUGGGAGGAAGUGCGGGUACGCGGUGUCGCGCGCGUGCGGGGAGUUCGACUGGCACGUGUUGAGCACCGUGCAGAGCGUGUCGGUCGGCGCCGGAGUGAUUCCGGUGGUGGAGGACGCGAAGAAGAGCGGCGGAUCGGAAGGGGAGUUGCUGUACAUGAGAGCGAGGUUCGAGAGAGUGGUGGGGAGUCGUGACUCGGAGGCGUUUUACAUGAUGAACCCAGAUGGGAAUGGAGGGCCUGACCUUAGUAUUUUUCUUCUCAGAAUAUGAAUGGGUAUGAAAAAUAGCUAGGCAAAGUUGAAAGAGUAAACGAAAGAAAAGAAAAGUAAAAAAAAAAAAAGAAAAAAAAGGGAAAAGUUAUGUUAAUGUUGUGAUAUGUAAGAUUAGGAAAUUGUAAUGUGGAAAAGGAAUGUUAAUUUGUAAUUUUGUAUGGUGUA